CUACCAGGGCUGCUCUUGUACUUUAAGUCACGGACUGAGAGAGAGAGAGCACAGCUAAAAGGGAAAACGCACUUCGGUAAACUCUACACUUAGUGGAGUUGAAGAAAAAAACAAAAAAAACCAAAAAAAAAAACAGUGGCUAUAAGGAGUGGUUGAAUGCUGCGUUCACAGACAUUACGCAAUUGGAAUGAGAAGACGCGCAAAAAAGUUUUUAACAAGUCGAUUAAUUCAGGAUGCACUGGUUAUUCCCCACUUUAGGCCUGCUUGUUUGCUUUCAGAGCUGUAUAUCAGCCUUUACACUGGAAACCAGAACCCUAACAUACGAUGAAUCGUAUUAUGAAUAUGUGCCUGAUCGUCUGCAAUGGAGCAGUGCAAAGGAACUAUGUAAGCAGCGCUCUGGGGCCCUAGCCAUAGUCUCCAACCCAGUGGAGAACCAAGAGCUAACCAGCUUUUUAAAAUCUUUGAACAUCUCUCAACCUGUGUGGAUUGCCAGGAAAGUCAUGACACAUCUCACAAGUAACUUCACUGUCUUCGCAAAUUUGUCCUUGGAUUCCCUCCUGGAUCGAAUUUCUUUGCAGAAUCAAACAUUGUCAUUUGAGUUGUCCCAAGGCCCUCAGUCUGAUGAGGACUGUGACAUCUUUGACCCUGUUAUCGAGGGCUGGAGCCAAACCAAGUGCAACUCAGUCAGAGGGGCUGUCUGCCAGUUUAAGAAGGAAGUGCUGGAUGUUUUCAGGUUACCAAAGACACCAUUCUUCACUAGACUGAGCAGGGAUCUUCUGACUAAAUCUGUGAUGGAGGAGUUGAGCAUCAACACUUCCCGGGACAGAGAUCUGACCUUGCUACAGCAGCUGUCCCAGGCUGUCCUGCGUACUGUGGAGGCCGGUGGCCCAAACUUUCUCACCUCCGGUGAUGUUCUCUACCUCUCCCAGAUGAUUGAGAUGGACCUGACUGCACUGGAUAGUACUCACUCUGCUGGGCAUUUUGCAGCAGAGGUCAUGGUCUCCAUUGCUACUAACUAUGUGAAGGUGGCAAGUUUGAUGCUGGAGCCCCACGUGGCCACACAGUGGAUGGGCCUGACAGAGGAUGGGGUCAGUGUGGGGCCAUUUACUAUUGUCAAGAGCAUUGACAGACUCAAUGAAGCUCUUGCAGACAUGCUAUCUGCUGAGAGAAGGGGCUUCACUCUUUCUACCAAGAACAUAGAUGUGUACAUGAAAUGGCAGAGGCUGUCUGAAGAGCACUGUAGUCAAGUCUUCAAGCCGUCUGUGGUCGGCUCUCACACCACCAGCAGCAGUGGUCAGGAUGAGUUGAUAAUCCCUGACACUGAGCUCCAGAGGAUACACGCAAUGGGAUACGAGGAAGUGAUGUUCCUUCAUACCCACUAUAGCCAUCUGAGUGAGAUUGUGUCUGGAGCACAGGAACCUCCAGUGAGUAACCAAGAGAGAAUGAAAAGAACUCUCCCAGGUCACCUGGCUUCUGCUGUCAUAUCAGCCACCAUCCGUGAUGGCUCCAAGGCCCAAACCAUCCCCGUGGCCAUCCAGUACACCCUUUUUUCAUCACACGUGGUGGAGUAUUCACAACGUGUUUCUCCUGUUUGUGCCUUUUGGAAUUUCAGCCUGAUGCAUAGUCAUACCAAUAGCUGGUCCAGUGAUGGUUGCAGGGUGACCUUUGCCAGCUCUGGUGUCACUUCCUGUCUAUGUAACCACACCACCAACUUUGCAGUCCUGAUGAAUUACCUGGAGUCGAAGUGGAGUCCUGAGGAAGAGCUUAUUUUGACCAAGCUGACAUUCAUCGGCACUGGCGCAUCUCUGUGUGCUCUGGUGGUGACCUUGAUGCUGUUCACUGUGCUGGAUAUCCCCAAAUCCGAGAGGACAUCCAUUCAUAAGAACCUGUUCAUCGCUCUGAUCUGUGCCCAGGUGAUUCUGCUUUGCAGUGGCUCAGCCAUUCACAACAAGGUGGCAUGUACACUUGUGGCGGCACUGCUUCAUCUCUUCUUCAUGGCAGCGUUUAGCUGGAUGCUGGUGGAGGGUCUGCUGCUCUGGAGCAAGGUGGUCGCGGUUAACCUGAGCGAGGAUCGCCACAUGAAAUAUUACUAUCUCAUCGGCUGGGGUCUGCCAGUGCUGAUCGUCACCAUCACGCUUGCAUCGGCCUCGGGCAAAUACUCAGCCGACGGCUACUGUUGGCUCAGUGUCCAGAAUGGCAUUAUCUGGGGUUUCGCUGGGCCUGUCAUCUUCAUCAUCAUGGUAAAUAUCAUGAUACUGACCAGGGUGGUGGUCAUCACCAUCUCCACUGCCAAGAGAAGGUCCAUCAUGUUGGCCAUGGGCACCAGUCCUGUGGAACAAACCUAUGAGCAAAUCAGGGCUGCAGUGAAAGCAGUAUUGGUGUUGCUGCCCAUCCUUGGAUUAACAUGGCUAUGUGGCGUCCUGGUGCCCUUCUCCAUUGUCAUGGCCUACAUCUUCAUCCUCCUCAACUCCCUACAGGGCCUGUUCAUCUUCCUGAUAUAUGGGGUGUACAACACAGAGGUUCGGAGCACGGUCAACAGGAUCAAGGAGAGGAGAAAAGCGCUUAAUUUUUCAAACUGUGCCAGUUCCCGACCAUCCAGCUCAGUUACCAACUCUCGUCCUGUCAGUUUCCCACUUGGAACUACCCCAAGCCAGGAGGAGGAGGAGAACACCCCUACCUACACUUGCAGCAACACACCAGGCCUGGGGAUGGAAGAGGAGAGGACCAGAGGUCAGCUGUCCAUUCCUUGUGUUCCAGAGAGACUAGAAAAUCCCCUGAGCCAAACCUUCAAAGGAACUUGUCUGCAUAGAAAGGAGCCUCCUCCCUCAGAGGUGGAUGCCUUGCCGGCUGGUUGUAGUCUUCACGUUCCCAUGGAGCUGGAGCUUGCAACUUCCUGUUUCCCUUGCAGCCCUGCGCCACAGCAAAGCUACGGCCUUGUCCAUGUUGACUGACCUAGUUGGUGUGACGGUGAUUGUAGUUUCAUAUUGUGAUUAAUUUUUUAAUCGGAGUUGAAUGUGUGUUUUUAGUGAAAUGUUUUUCUUUUUAUUAUGAGCUCAUUUUUCCUUAAGUCUUCAAUUUCCUGUCAGCCGUGAUCAUUGUGAAGACAGGAAUAUUUGGUACAUCUGUGUCCCUGAGUGUUGCAUUCCUUAAUACUGGUUGCAAAUAUUUUCAGUGAUCUAAGACUCAUUCUGCCAUUAGCACUUAUUUUAAGAUGUGCAGGAUCGUAAUGUAGGCUGAAUGCCUCAAAUAUAAUUUAAAAUUAUACUUAAAUUCCAAAUUUUCAAUAAGUUGAUUAUUUUUUUGCAUUUGUUAAAUUUGUUUGUUUUACAUGUGAGUACUGUCUUUCAUGGCUUUUCUUGCUCUACAUGUGCUUGUUGAAGUAUAAUGUUGUCCAGAAAAUUGUGUGGUCGUUCUGCAGUCUGCUGCAAGCACUGAGUAGGUGUGUCCGCAUAACCUAUUAGUGUCAGAUACAUAUCAUGGAACUGUGAUGUCCCUGGUUUGAUCCAGGCAGGGACUUUUGUUGCAUGUCAUCCCCUCUCUCUCCCCAUUUUUCGUGUUACUCUACUGUCAAACUAUCUAAUAAAAGCCCGACUAGCAUGAAAAAAUUACAGAAAAAAGAGCAGAGAAGUUUUAAUUAUGUAUAUAGUUUUUGAUUCUUCCCAUGGACUUUGUACGGAGGAGAACAUACUCGUCCGUAUACGAUGAAAAUACAAUGAAACUCCUUUUCCUGACAUUUAUAAUCCCGUGUUGAUGCUGGUCACAACAAGACAAAAUAUGUUUUAGAAUAAUGUUCCAAAGACACAAAUACAGUUAAAAUGGAGUACCUAUGACAUGAACAGGACAGAACAGGUACUAGAAUUUUUCUCUAUAAAAUAAAUUUUCAAAAUCUGCAUUUCAAAUGGGAAUAAUCUUUCAUUCCCACAUGGUGUGUUAUUAUUAUGUUAGGCUAAGUAUGUUUGAGUAGCUAUUCAUUGUUUCCCACAAAAAAGAAAAAAGAACUGCACAGCUUUACAGUGCGGAGGAAGCGAGAAUCCGGUGUUAUAAGCAUAAUAAUUAUUUAUUGAAAUAUGAGGAAAAUUUCAAUUAGCCUCAGAGAGACACUCCCAGGACCAGGUAGUGAAGUGAUGGGGGCUGUCAGAAUGUCAGCAGGAGGGGCAAAGACAAGCAGACAAGCCGAAAGGAAAAUAGCAGAUUGAUGCAUUGUGUAUCCAUGGGUUGACAAAGUACAUGAGCAUGUGAAUGCACAAAGAUAACCAUUGUUUAAGUCCUUGUUAAAGCCUUUAUCCUGCAUAAGAGUCUGAGUCUAUGUUGUAAAACAAACAGCUGGAUUUCAAACCAUUC